GGGUGCCUUGUGAGCGCCAUUUUCAACAUGGCAACAGUCAAGGUCCAAGAUAAAGUGUUCAGUUGAAUCUGAAGGAUCCGAGGGAUCUGAGAUCUGGAUCCCGAUCCCGAUCCUAAACCAAUCGAACAUGCCCUCAGUCAGUUCAAUUAAUAUCUACAUCGUUCGAUGAGACCAUGUCCUCGGUAGUGCAGUGUGGUGGUUGUGGGUCGUCCACGACCACUCUAAAGUUUGUUUCAUGUUUGCACGCACUGUGUGUGCCGUGCCUGCAGAACAGCUUGGGAUUUGAUGGCUGCAUAAAGUGUUCACAAUGUUUGUCCGCUACGCAAUUGCCUGUUGGUACACAGCCGUUACGAUCGCUACCCAAUGUCGUUCAAGAAAAAGAUGUAAUUGGAGCGACUGGACAACUGCAGCGGAGUCCUGUUUCACCAACGUGUGAUGAGUGCUGGGAUGACACAGCGGCUACAGUAGUUUGCGAGAUUUGUGACGUGAAAUUUUGUGAGUAUCAUGGCACAGGUCACCUGAGAUCAAAAUCAGGCAGAGGCCACACUAUCAACCCACUGUCUGCAGCAUCCAUCACAGAGACUGGGUCAACAAGCAGUGGCAGCAGCAGUGGCAGAGUGGUCCAGCAUAGAUGUGCUCUACACACGAAUGAAGUGCUGAAACAGUUUUGCUUGGAUUGCAAUCAGCUAUUGUGUUCACAGUGCAUACAUACUGGGGCACACAGACAUGAUGAACACAAGGUGAUAGAUAUUGCCAGUGCUGCACAGAACACUCGUGACACACUUUCCACUAAGCUGAGCUGUUGUACAUCAGAAUGUGAUGGUGUUGUCAGCAGUGCCAUAGAGACCGUUGAGAAGAGCAUUCGAAUGGUACACAGUCAAACAGAGUAUGCUUCAGAGAAGGUUUCAGUUUUCUUCAAGCCACUGAUAGAGGCUGUGAAGAAACGAGAAGACUGUCUUCUAGCCGAGCUCGAUCAGCUGAGGAUAAAGAAACUGGAACUUCUGGAGAAGCAACUACACCAACUUCAGGAGUGUGUGUCGAAAGGAGAGAGUGCUGCCAGCAUUCUGCAGUCGUUUGAGGAUGAUGUUGAGCUUCUCCGUGUAUGGUCCUGGGUGGAUGCGUCUAUCGUGAAAACCAUGAAAACUGCGGAGGACGAGAAAGAGCCAUGUGUCACCAGUGGCAUUGUGUUUGGCACGACGGACACCACAUCACUACUCAAUGACAUCAGCAAGACGGGAGCAGUGGCGGAUGUUGCUGAUGGCACACUGAAGAGUCCCGACAAUGCACUUCUUAACGAUCAUUUGAACAUCUCUAUAGAGCUACCAGACAGUGCUGUCCCAAGUAUCGUGGAGCAAGAGCAACUGGAAAACAUUGGACUGGAGAUAUCAAUAUCCGGUCUCGAUGAGGACACAACCACCAUGUGCACACAGCUUACACCUGCUACCGGAAAAAUACAGGCCCGAAAUACUCCAUUGCAAACUGGCCACUACAACAUCUCAGCCAAGAUUGGCUGUGUCCAUCUGAAGGGUAGUCCACAGAGGCUGGUGGUGUCGGCGACUCCGAGGUUUGAUGGAAAUCGCUGUGGUAGCCGGUUGAUUAUCACCAAUGAUGGUCGCUCACUGAGUAAUACCAGUGCCGGUGGUGGUUGGUCAUCAGCAUGUACCACACCUAUGGCAACUGAUACUGGUAGCAGUACACUGAAGGUGAGGAUUGACAAGACCGCCAGUGGUCACAUCUUCCUCUCUGCCUGUUCAUCCAGUAAUCCAAACCUGGAACACUACCAACAGGACAACACACAGUGUUUUGGUUGGUACGGCUAUAAGGCUAAGGCCCACCAUACCGGCAGAGCCCUUGGUCAACGCUGGCAAACUGGUGACGUCAUUCAUCUAACCGUUGAUCAUGAUCGUCACACUCUCACUGGUAGACACGAGAGAACGGGCGCCACAGAAACCAUCCCGAACGUCCCAGGUAACCUGUACUGGAUUGUCGCACUCUACGACAUGGGUGACAAAAUCACUCUGAUUUGACAUGUUUGUUUAGUAAAUGUUUCGCUUUCCUUAAGGACAAUUCUAGAUAGCUGAGUUAGUUGACUAGAUCUUAUCAUCAAUACGCCUAGCAUUGUACCAGUAUCUGUAUAGUCAUCAACACUAAUGUCAGCAGCCAUCAGUGUCAGUACCAGGAUCAGGAUCAGCAUCAGUGCUGUCAGAUUCACCCAAUGCAUAAUACCGUUCCAAGUUCAGUUACAUGAGCAUGUACAUGUAAAGUGAAUAUCAGUGCUGUCAGAUUCACCCAAUGCAUAGUGCUUCCAGGUACAAUUGCAUGAGCAUAUACAUAAAUAAGGAAGUUGUUUGCUCCCACCCUGGAGCUAGCCCUUUCCCUACCUGAUCCUUAUCAAAUUAUCGCGAAGGUCGCUACCACUAUUUCGUACGUGCUUUACUGAUAGUGGUAUCUCUGGAUGGUUCCUCCGUGUACAUACGUUUCGUCUAUCAACUUUGUGAAGUGACGUCACGGUAUUGUACAUGUGACAAUCUUGGUUUUGGCAAUACGAUAUGCAUAACACAUCCCACACACUCAUCAUUUCGAAGACCUUGGGUUCUGUCUUGCGUUGCGCGAAAGGCUGCCAGUGCAUUAUUCUUGUAUUGCGUGAUCACAUUGGUAUUGUCUAUAAAGUCACAGUGAUCGGCUUCA